CACUAUUGCUAUACUGUUACCUGUGCGCUGCGGGCCACGUCAAACGAUACACAAAUUAAACAUCCGUGACAAUGACAAUAGCUAUACGAAACAAAAGCUUUACUACUGAAUCGUAAUAGCGUGACGUGACCUAGCAAAGCAGACUUUGUUCUUUUUACAGCUACACACAUAGUCGCGAUACAUACCGCCAUGUUUUCUAAGAAAGUUGUUUAUGGAUCCGCUGUUGUGUUGGCGUUUGGGACGCUACUGAACACGAUAGGACGUUUCAGCCCCUGGAUGUUUACUGUCAAGGGACCUAAUGUUUACAACGAUGCCAAGAACAAGGUGGUACAUGGUACCAUCAAUUUUGGCUGGUUCUAUCUUCAGGCCUGUGACUCUCGGCGAUGUUACACGCAGUCCAUGUCGGAACGGUAUGGUGAUCACAACACUCACGCAAAUACCACAAUGUCCGUCUUCUCAGAGACGUGGCUCGCCAGACGAGUAGGAGAACAGACCAUUGAGGUAUUUGCAUUGUUAUUUAAUAUCGCGGGAUUGGCUGGCACUGGAUUCCUUCUUUACACGUGGAAAACACAAACAAAGCUACGGUACGCUGUCACACUGGUGUGCGCCACAGUCCUUCUUAUAUCAGCUUCAUUGGAGUGGGCUAAUCUGGGAGAAGUACUGGCAGAAAUGGGAAGCAUUAUUCGAUACAAUGAUCCGAAGAUUCAACUGUACACCCCUUCUUCCCUCGUGCUCUCCGGUCUCGGGUCCACGUGUAUGUUUGCCGUCAGUGUGUUGUAUUACCUGGCUGUAAUGAUGAUGCUAUAUCAACACAGUGACAUCACAAACACAGCAGGCAUGGAGAGUCAAGGACAAGGUGUCAACGGCGGAAAUGACGUCACGCCUGCUCAAGCUCAAAGUCAUAUCGAAAGCUUGGAGGUUCAAGUCAACACCGAUCAAACCAGUGUUUAACGCCUUUUACAGGGCUAGUCAUUCGUUCAAUGGUGUUUAGGUGUUUUUACUUAUACCAUUAUCAAUCACUAGAUAUCAUACAGGAGUAAAACAAUCUGAAAAUAAUAAGGGAGACUGGGGCAAGUUAAGCCUUAGGGCAAGUUGGGACACUCCUGAUAUUUUGGGUAUUGAGCAAAUAUUUAGAACUUUUGAGUACCUUAGCCGUUCACUUGACUUUUGACGUGAAUGUUACACGUAACAAUUGCCGUGGAAACUCAAGUAUAUAAUUAUUUAAAUGGAGAAAGUAACUUUUGGGAGAGUAAAAAGAUCAUUACCUCAGUACUUUCUAGAUUUCCGAAUUUUCUGUAAACCGAAUUCUUAUUUUUCAUGUCAUACGUGUAACAAACUGACAGCUUCACAUGACGAUAUACAUAAACAAAAAACACCUAGCAUUGACUUUCGUAUCGCUGUAACACAUGGGAUGUCUAGAAAGUCGUGUCAGUGACGGGAUAGUCUGACGUUGUAUUGUCCAAGACGUCAUUAUUAUGCUGAUUCAAACAUGGGUCUAACUUGCCGCAGACUGUCUGUUCGAGCUUGCCCAAAGGCGGCCACAUUCGGCCAUCAAAACUCCUGGUAGAAAAAAAGGUUAAAGGAUUCUUCUGAUACGCAGGUGUUUGUCAUUUUGUUAUUAUUUCAUGAAAGGUAUGAUUUUUUUCUUCCAGAGGGUUAUAUUUACAUAAAUGUCAACAAAUGCCUUACUGUCGAGAACGACUUUAAUGGGCUGGACAUGCCCGGUCUCCUCUACUCUACAAGAAAUGUUUAUUCCAGCUACAAAAAUAGGUUUUAUGGUCAGAGUUUUUAUAAUCCGUAUUGAUAUACAUAUCAAUGUGUUUUUAAACCAUAUCUCGUACGUUAGUUUGAGUGCUGACAGUUACGGCGACAAUUUCUAACUCUCCUCAUUUCUAACGUAGGUUUGGGACCAAAUAUAGGAACAGGCGAGUAUUUUUUUAUUCUUAAAAGACACAAGACUUGUGUUAGUACACACUUACAAAGAUAACUAGACUACCCAGUGCAUAAACGCGGGCGUAGAUGGGACGUUAAAAUUUCCAAUUCAAUGAAAUGGAGUACAGUACUUGAUUGAACAGCAAUAAAAAACAAUUACUUAUGUUCCCAGUGUAGAGGAGCGAUUUCCCAUACACAUUGUUUACUGUAUACGGAUGUAAACAAGCCAUGCUGUAUCAACUCAACAGAUUGAACAACUUACUCAGAUUUACAAGUUUGUUUGUAUAUGUAAUUUCACACCUUACCAAAGACACUCACUAGCGAUGAUUUGUGUAAAAGUGUUAUCGCUAGAAUCACCUUUCACCUCGGCGUUAGCUGGAUGGUAUCACCACAGUCAGCUUUAUUGUACAUAUGUUAUGAUUUAUAAGUAUAAGUAUUUUUCACAAAUUUCGAAAUGAAGCUCUUUUGCAUAGGCGGUACGCGUGAAAAGUAGCUAGCAGUCAUCCUUGAGUUGUCAUCAUUCAGAUUUUAUAUAUGAUUUGAGAUAUUUGCCUAAAAAUUGCAUCUGGAUUGCGCUAGGUAAUAAAAUACAUAAUAUAUCAUUCAUAAAAAUAUACAUACUACACAUAUAAGAAAACAAUGUCACAAGAAGGUAGAAACAUAAUACUAAGAUGUGAAAUGCAAUAAAGUAUAAUUAAGAUGAGUUAUUGUGUGAUAGAGAGAGGGUUUAUGAUAUUAUCAUAACAAUUGCCCAUUCCUUUUGUUAAAAUCAAAUAAAAUAUAUAUUGAAAUGAUGUACAUAUGCUUCACUUUGAAUCAACAACUCAAUACGACCAGUGAUUUAAGGAAUUACAAUAAUUAUGUGUCAUUUCUGCAACAAAAAAAAACAAUGUGUCGCUGACACAACUUCCAAUCCUCAAAUUAUAUAUAGAGAAUCGAAAUAAACAACAAUGUAAUAGUUUAA